AUGGCUCCGGAGGCCAGAGGUCGAGGUCGGCCUCGUGGCCGCGCCGCCGGGGCUGCCACACGAGGUAGAGGCCGUGGCAGGGAGGGCGCCGCAGCCGGAGUCACACCCGCCGAGAACGCAGGCACAGCAGCCGCCGCCGCCGAAGCGACCACGCCAGCAGCAGCACAACAUGCCGCCGUCACCACAGCCCCAACCGACAGCAGCAUGCCCCCGUCGAUCCGCGGCGAGGCGGUCGCGAAACCCACGCGAGGACCGCUAGCCGGGCGCCGACCGCGCAACAUUCGCCGAGACGAGGCGUCGCGCGAUGCCCUGGCGCGGCAGGAGCAGAGCAAGGAGAACGUGCGCGCCAAGGAGGAGGCGCGGAACCAGGCGCGCACGCGCGGCCGCAGCCAGAGGAGUCGAGGCAGCGCCAUGGGCCGCGGCGGUGCCAUGAGCAGAGGCGGCGGUGCCGCGGCCAGCGGCCCGUUUUCUCAGUUUCUCGAGAGUGCUUCCGGUCGAUCGGGCGGUUGGGGCGGCGGAGGCGGCAGUGGAGGAGGCGCCGGGGGGUCAGGCUUUGGCAGCACGGCACGCGGCGUCAAAGGCGAGGGCAAGCCUGGCUUUGGGCCGUCGGGGCUGUACGACGUCGAGGCGCGCAUCAAUGCCGACCGAUUCGCCGGCAUGCCUCCGAACCGCGAACCCGACGCCUCGGAUGAGGCGACCGCCGCCCUCAUCAACGCCGACCCCGGUGCCCGCUGGCCCAUGGGCAUCCUCCGCGUCGAUCGCAAGGAGGAGAAGAAGGCGCUGGCCACGACGGCGGAGCUGGAGGCCGAGGAACACGCCCAAGACGAGGAGAGCUUGUAUGUCGAGGGCGAAGACAGGGCCAGGCCCAACAAGCCGCAGCCGGCGCAGGAGGAUGAUGCCGUGUGGCACGCCGCGCCCAAGGGCGUCACCGACGUCAAGGCAGAAGGGGACGCCGACGUGUCCAUCGAUUUUGACGCGCACGACAAGUCACAGGCCGCCGAACCCAUGGAGAUUGACUCCAAGUCUGUGUCCCCCGUCGGAGAUGGGCCUGCCGAGCGCAAGCCGAAGAAGAAGGCCGCCCUGGACACAGAGACGGAGAUGAUGACAGCCGACAUGAGAAUGUUGCUGAGCGAGCUUGGUCCGGCGGACGACGGAAGCCUGACCCACAACAGGGAUGGUCGCCUGUAUCUGUUCCAGUUCCCACCUGUCCUACCUCCGCUGCACGUCCUUUCCGGUUCGUCCGUGGUCAAGUCGGAAGGGGACGACACGGUCAUGCUAGAGCAGGGUGCCGGGGGCUCGAUUGACCUGACAGGCAGCGACGAGCAGAGGAAGCCCAAGGUCGAGGGCGAAACCAAGGUGUCCGUGUCAGAAAUGGCCGAGGACCUCAAGCAGGGCGGCAUGAUUGGGAAGAUGAAUGUGCGCAAGUCGGGCAAGGUCGAAUUUGAUUGGGGCGGCUGCACCCUCGAGCUUGGUCCGGCCGCUGGCAUGAACUUUUUGACGACGGCUGUCAUCAUCGAAGAGGCGGACGAGAAGGCCAAAAACGCAGAGCAUGGCGGUGAUGCCUACGGCAUGGGCAAGAUCAUGGGCCGCUUCGUCCUGGCACCACGAUGGAGUGAUGAAGAGGAGUGGGUCGUGAACCCUGAAGAUCUCAAGAUCGACGAGUGA